CCCAUCAUUCCCCAAACGCCCCCUCAUCCCUGACUCUCUAUCUUCUUCAUCUCUCUCUCACAGAGGAGACGAGGAAGAAGAAGAAGAAGAAGAAGAAGAAGCUCUCUCUGUCCUCAACUUCUCUGCUCCAGCGACAGAUUGGAGAAAGGAAAGAUGAUAUGCCAAAAGCAACAGGCCCACUUCACCUCUUCCCCUCACGCCUGGCACCUUUCCCACCACCAUCACCACCAACCGACCGCCACCGCCGCUGCCACCGCCGCCGCCGCCUCCCCCACCCAGCAGCAAGAGCAGCGGCCGUCGCCCUUCCCCUUCAUGUCGGAUGUCCUUUCCCGCUACCACGCCCAUGAGGUCUCCCCCAACCAGUGCUGCUCCACCGUCGUGCAGACCAUCAAGGCCCCCGUCGACGUCGUGUGGUCCGUCGUCCGGCGCUUCGACGAGCCCCAGGUCUACAAGCACUUCAUUCGCAGCUGCUCUCUCAUGAGCGGCGACGGCAAUGUCGGCAGCCUCCGGGAGGUGCGCGUAAUCUCCGGCCUCCCCGCCGCCUGCUCCACGGAGCGCCUCGAGAUCCUCGACGACGAACGCCACAUCAUAAGCUUCAGCGUCGUGGGCGGCGAACAUCGCCUCACCAACUACCGCUCCGUCACCUCCCUCCACGAGAUCCCCACCUCCGGGGACGCCGCCGGGGAAGGUACCGUCGUCGUCGAGUCGUAUGUCGUGGACGUGCCGCCGGGCAACACCAAGGACGACACCUGCGUCUUCGUGGACACCAUCGUGAGAUGCAACCUCCAAUCCCUUGCCAACAUCGCCGAGAAUCUCUACAAUCGACGCCGCUCUUGACUCCCGCGCGUGUAAUAUGUUCCUGUUUUGUGUGCCAUGAAAGGGAAAAUGUCACUGGUUCCAACAAUUACAGAAAAUAUUUUGUUCUUCUCUUAAA